UCCGUGAAGGGCUUCAUUUCCCCUUUUUCACGAGCAGCAUCGGAAGCGGCCUCCUCGGCCCGGCCGCCAGCCCGGGGAAGGGGCGCUGAGCUCUGUCUGAAGGAGGCGAGUUGCCCAGGAACAGGCGAGACCACCUCAGCAUGGGCAUGAGUAGCUUGAAAGCGCUGAAAUAUGUGGUAUUUUUCUUCAACCUACUAUUCUGGGUCAGUGGAUGCACCAUUUUGGGCUUCGGGAUCUACUUUUUGAUCAAUAAUAGUUUUGGAGUCCUGUUCUACAACCUUCCCUUCCUCACUGUGGGCAAUGUCGUCGUCAUCGUGGGGUCCAUCAUCAUGGUGAUUGCCUUCCUGGGGUGCAUGGGCUCGAUUAAGGAAAACAAGUGCCUUCUCAUGUCGUUCUUUGUCCUGCUCCUAUUCAUCCUUUUGAUUGAGGUGAUUGUGGCCAUCCUGCUCUUUGUGUAUGAACAGAAGAUCGAUGAAUAUGUGGCUAAUGACCUGAACCAGAGUAUCCGACGCUACAAUUCUGAUAACAACACCAAGAUGGCAUGGGAUGGAAUCCAGCAGUAUCUAGAGUGCUGUGGUGUUAAUGGCACGAGCAAUUGGAAUGGUCGUCCCCCGGAAUCUUGCCCCAAAGAUGAUGAUACAAAGGGUUGCUACCUGAAAGCAAAAUUAUGGUUUCAUUCAAAUUUCCUGUAUGUUGGAAUCCUUAUCAUUGGUGUAUGUGUCAUCCAGAUUUCCUCAGGUCCAUCACGGACUAUGUGCAGAACAUGGUUCCUCCCAGGCAGACCUCAGCUUUUAUCCUCCCAGGUGCUCGGGAUGUCCUUUGCACUGACCCUCAACUGCCAGAUUGAGAAAAACAGCCAGUCUCUUGGAAUAUGACCAGAACUAUCCAAGCUGGACGGAGGGACGCCGCGACCAUGGAACAAGCUCCCCUGCUGGAAACCCUUCCUGCAUCCUCCUUGUGGACACAAAUCCUUGAGGCACCACGCUCAGAAAUGGCUGCUUGGCUCUCCGUUGCUGCUUCUCUCAGCCUUGCUCUGCCUCCUCCUCCAACCCAAGCAACUGGCGCAGAAUAGAUUGUGGGUCAGUGGGAAUAAAGCUCUCAUUCGGCCCCCCCCCCCAAUCCUGGGAACUGGGAAGACUUGGCAGGUGCUGAAGGCCAAGAGAAACUCAGAGCUGAGAGUUCAGGCUGACUUUUUUGUUCAGUGUUUCCUCCAAUGCCGACUCAUUCAUUCACUGACUGAGCGAGACACUGGGGCACAAAGAGCCACAGUGGCCUUUGGAUGUGAAUGGUCUGGCCCUCCUCUAAGCAGAAGAAAAGAAGGGAGUCUGAAACGUCCCAGCUUUCUCCAAGCCCUCUCCCUCCAGCCCCCUCACACCCAUCCCUUUUUAUCCAGGGUAAAAACUCAAGAUGUCCAAUGCAAGCAUCCCCUCCACCCCAGGCAAAGAGAGCCUGAGCAGAGUUCCAGAACGAAACCCCCCAGAGCCUCACCAGGGCAGCCUUCCACAUUUGGCUAGAGGGCCUAAGCCAAGGAGGAAGAUGUGGGCUCCUCCUCUGGAAGCAGAGACUUGGGCUGUGCUCAGGCCCCUUUGUCAGAGGGCCAUGCCCAUUUCCCCCAAAUACUUCUGGAAUAAUUUCUUCUUUGAUUAGACUUUCACCAACCAGCCAAUGAAUCCUCCUGUUGUUCCUCAGAAGAAAAUGAAAAAUUCAGAGUCCUACCUGGAAUGAAGAUCUCUUCAUCUCUGCUAGAGUAAUAUCAGAUAUCACAUCAAGAAAUAAUUUGUUGAUAUUUCUAUGUUUUGUCUAUUAACCAAGGAUUUCUUUGUGUGUUCCCCCAUUGCAAUAAAUUAAAUGUUCCAAAUCUUCCUUA